AUGCAGCAUGCCUCGACCGUUCGUCUCGACAAAAGCGAAAUGGUUCGAGAGGUCGCCAAGGAUACCGAUCCGGCCAGUAUUGGUAGCGAAAAGGCCGUCCAGGAUGGCUUUACAGACGUGAUGGAAGAACUCAGCGACUGCCACCGGGUUAGAUAUAGCAGCAGCCUCACGGAUAGCGGCAUUUGCUGUGGCUAA